CGUAUGUAGACGGAGUUAGCGACACAGUGCCGACCGCUUUGAGACGUCCAACAUCAAGCUCUGCUGCUUUCUUUCCGCGACUGGUGGUGUUUUCUGUAUUAACUAAAGGGUCACUAAGAAUUCAGGCGGCUUUAUAUUUAAAUAUUAAUAUUAAAAGGUGAGGGGAGCAGCGUAGAGCUCGUCGUGUAGCCUAGCCAAACUCUGUCCGCCACAGACUCUGCCUGUGUUCUAGUGUCCGGAAGUUCUGAGGGGGAAACUAAGAAAGGCAUGAAAAAAAGGAGCUGGAAGAAACUUCUGACCAACUUUCUCCGAGCCCAUUGAAACACAGCUUUCUCUCGGAAGUCCCACCGAGGGCACGGUGAACUCGUUUUGCUUUUGAUAUCUAAUAAUUAUCUGUGUGCGUUAAUUUAUCGAUGGGUCUGCCGACGCUGGAGUUUAGUGACUCUUUCCUGGACAGUCCGGAGUUCAGAGAGCGACUGCAGUGCCAUGAGAUAGAGCUGGAGCGCACCAACAGGUUUAUAAAAGACCUCAUCAAAGAUGGAAACCUGCUCGUAUCUGCCCUCAGAAGUCUUUCUCUCGCUGUUCAGCGGUUCUCUCAGUCUCUACAGGAUUUCCAGUUUGAAUGUAUUGGAGAUGCUGAGACUGAUGAUGAGAUCAGUAUUGCUCACUCCUUGAAGGAGUUCUCGCAGCUCUUGAGCACCAUGGAAGAGGAGAGAAAACGGCUGAUCCAGAACGCUGAUGAUGUGUUGAUCUCACCGCUCGAGAGGUUUCGUAAGGAGCAGAUUGGAGCUGUCAAGGAGGGAAAGAAGCAGUUUGACAAGGAGACAGAAAGAUAUUACUCUGUUUUGGAGAAACACCUGAGCCUGUCCUCUAAAAAGAAGGAAUCACAGCUACACGAGGCUGAUUCACAGAUGAGCAAGGACAGGCAAGUUUUUUAUGAUGCUUCGCUGCAGUACGUCUUCAAGAUCCAAGAAGUGCAGGAGAGAAAAAAGUUUGAAUUUGUGGAGCCGUUAUUAGCCUUCCUGCAGGGUUUGUUUACGUUCUACCAUGAGGGCUACGAGCUGGCCAGUGAGUUUGAACCCUACAAGCAGCAGCUUCAGUUCAACCUGCAGAAUGCUCGCAAUAACUUUGAAAGUACACGUGCUGAGGUUGAGAGGCUGAUGAAGAGGAUCCGAUCUGCAGAAGAAGACUUCAAAGCCCCCAGUUGCUUCACCAUGGAGGGAUAUCUGUAUAUACAGGAGAAACGUCCUUUGGGCAGCGUGUGGACCAGAUACUACUGUACUUAUGAAAAAAGCUCCAAGCUGUUCACCAUGAGCAACACAGAGGCCAGACCAGCCAGCAGACAGAACGGCGUGGUGAAUGGGACACCUGAGAUGUUCAAGCUGCGCUCGUGUGUCAGAAGGAAGACGGAUUCAAUCGACAAACGCUUCUGCUUUGACAUCGAGGUGGUGGAGAGACAUGGCGUCAUCACCCUGCAAGCGCUCUCUGAGGCCAACAGGCAGCUGUGGAUGGAGGCAAUGGAUGGAAAAGAACCAAUUUACACUCUGCCUUCUUUGCUCAGCAAGAAAGAGGAGACAUUUCUCAACGAGGCCGGCUUCAGCUUUGUCAAGAGGUGUAUUGAACUGGUUGAAACAAGAGGCAUUACCACCCUGGGACUGUACAGGACUGGAGGAGUCAACUCCAAAGUGCAGAGGUUGAUGACGAGUGUAUUCUCAUCCACAGCUCCCCCUGACAUGCAGCUGGAUGCAGACGCCUGGGACAACAAGACCAUCACCAGCGGCCUCAAGAAUUAUUUCAGGUGUCUGGCAGAACCAGUUCUGACCUACAGGCUGCAUAAAGAAUUCAUCAAAGCUGCAAAGUAUGAUGACCAGAAGUACAGAGUGAGAGCGAUUCAUGCUCUUGUACACAAGCUGCCAGAAAAAAACAGAGCAAUGUUGGACAUCUUAACCGACCACCUCUUCAAGGUUUCCUCUCACAGUGACCAGAACCAGAUGACUGUGUCCAACCUGGGAAUGAUCUUCGGCCCCACACUGAUGAGGUCACAGGAAGAGACGGUGGCCGCCAUGAUGAACAUCAAGUUUCAGAACAUCGUGGUGGAGAUAAUCAUUGAAAACCACAACAAGAUUUUUGGUGAGGCCCCCGACCUGUCGGUGCCUUUACCUCAGGCUCCGUCCUCUCGGUCGACUCCUCGGAGGAACAAAGCCAUCUGUCUUUCGUCAGGGAAGAGGAAGGCCCGUCUUUAUCCUCCGGCUCUCUGUCUGGCAGACAAUGACAGUGACACUUUCAGUAGCAGCCCCAGCACGACUCCGAUGGGAAGUCAGGAGUCUCUGUCCUCACACUCCUCUGAGAAGAACGGAUUGUCUCAGACUUCUCCUCCGUCAUCUCCUGCUGCAGAGUCCAGCUCGCCCUCCGCAACACAGGUGUGUCCUCCAGCUGCAGCUUCUUCCUCCUCCCUGUCCGACAACGCCACAAACGUGACAGAUCACAAACACCAGACAGACAGCGCCACCUCCCCUCACCUUACACCUCCCUCUUCCCGGACUUCCUCACAGAUCACUCCGACCCAGCAGACUUCCUCUGUGUCCUCCUCCACGUCCUCUUUGCUCUCCACAGAGAGGAGUCUGUCCGUCAAAGGAAACUCGACUGCCUCCUUAUCAUCUGUAAAAGAGUCAAGAUCUCCCUCCAUAGCCUCCACAUCCACUGCCUCCAUCCAGCACCCUUCAGCAGAGCGCGCCUCCUCUCUCAGUGAGGGUCGACCUGUUCAGAGAGCGUCGUCUGUCUCCUCUCUGAAGAGCACUCAUUCAGUGGAUCAAAGAAAUGUAUCCAGUGUCUCCACCACUGUCACAGAAACUAAAUUGACGGACUCCUCUCCUUCUCGUCAGCUCAGAAAAACUUACAGGACUGCCUCCUCCUCCUCUUCCUCCUCCUCUUCAUUAUUCCCCUACAGGCUUUCUGCAUCCUCCUCUCUCACCUCCCUGCACAUCUCCGAAGAUUACAAAAGCUGUCAUGGAUCGGUACAGAGUCUCAUGUCGCUGGAUCCACAAGAGGCAAUGCUAAGACGUAAACCUGCACAUGUCCGCUGUGGCUCCGAUAUAACCACCAGGCACUCUGCAGCCGCCACAUCCAGCAACGGAUACCAGAGGCCUGGAUCAGUAUUAUCAGUCAGACUCCCGCAGCGCGAGAGUUCAGUAUUCUCCUCAGCAUUAGACAUAUGCUCAGGAAGGGAGGCAAAAGCUCUUUACUCCUGUGAGGCAGAACACAGCCAUGAGCUGAGUUUUCCACAGGGGGCGCUGUUCUCAAAUGUGUACCCGUCUGUGGAACCUGGUUGGCUUCAGGCGACAUACAACGGCAGAACAGGCCUCAUACCUGAAAACUACAUCACAUACAUGUGACAGAGCUGAUGAUGUCAUUGCCAAAAUAACACAAAGAUCUAACUUAGACUUUAGAGAUCUACAGUGCAAACAGUAAUCCUCUGUGCUGCUGAUCGAAGAUAUAAUAUAUUCAUCAUGUAAACUGUGACUGCUAUCACUGAACUACUGGGGCUAAGUAUGAACGAUGCAUGUACUGUAUGUAUAUCUGACUACUAUAUGUGAACCACGUUAAAUGUUAUUAACCAUUUUAUAGCACAGUAGAUGUUAAAAGCUGACUUCUUGUCUGACUUUUCCUCCAUUCAUACGUGACAGUGUCACUUAACGUCAUCAGCUCCUCUUUUAUGUUUGUGUUCAAUGCCGUACAUACAUGAAAUGUGCCUGUAAGGUACAUGAAAACAGUAUUUUUUUUAAUUAAUCCUGGUAAUUUAUGAUUAAAGUGUCAUAUUAAUGUUAUAGUUGUGUGUCACACCUCUGUGCCUGAAACAGUAUGAACUGAUGGUCUAAGACUGAAUCCUGCCGUAACAUCUUCCUUCUACUGUCUGUCAAUUUUCAUGCUGUCUAAAUAAAAGACAAAUACUUUGA